AGAAGUAAAGAUUCGGCGUAACAUAUCAAAUAUCCACCAGCUUGUUUCAUCCACUCGGUCCUUGAAGAAGAGUGAAGAAGUUGACUCGUUUAAUCAUCGUGAAACUUAUACAGGAUGAAGCCCAUCACAACGAAGAAGAUGAGGGAUGAUGAUGUAGGUGAGGAUGAUGAGCCGUUAAGCCCGGCUGCACGGUUGUUUCAGUCGAGUCAACUAAACUGCUCCAUCGUCAUCGUCUUGGGCUCCCACACCUUCAUCGAUGUUGAUGCUGUUAAGUCCGGCUUCCUCAAUUCUAUGGCCAAGCAUCCUCGUUUCUCCAGUUUGUUUGUAACUGAUGAUAAGAAUGGUGGGAAAAUGAGUUGGAGAAGAACAAAAGUAGACAUACAUAAGCAUGUGAUUGCUCCGGAGUUGGAUCCAAGCAUGGAGUUAGCUGACAGUUUUGUUGAAGAUUAUGUAUCGAAUCUUACGAAUACGGGAUUGGAUCUUACAAAGCCAUUGUGGGAGCUUCAUGUUUUGAAUGUCAAGACAUCGGAUGCUAAUGCAACUGCAGUACUUAAACUUCAUCAUUCAAUUGGAGAUGGAAUUUCUAUAAUGUCUCUAUUUUUAGCUAGUAGCAGAAAGGCUUCUGAUCCCGAAUCAAUGCCAAGUCUUCCGAAGAAAAAAAGGCCAGGUGGCUUUUGGAGUAAUUGUCAUGGUUUCUGGGGGGUUCUGUUUACUGUUUGGACCAUGAUUUUAAUGGUUUUUAACACUUUGGUGGAUGUUAUGAAUUUUGCUGCUACUGCUUUGUUCUUGAAAGACACAGACACUCCACUCAAAGGCUCUGCAGAGGAUAUUGGACUGAGUCGUAAAAGAAUCGUUCACAGAAUCGUUAGUUUAGAUGAUAUAAAGAUGGUGAAAUCUGCAAUGAACACGACAAUUAACGAUGUUCUGCUAGGAAUAACAAUGGCUGGCCUAUCUCGCUAUCUUAAUGGGAAAUAUGCAACAAGAAGUUAUCAGAAUGAGAGGGACCAAGAUAGAGCAAGCAAAAAGGGGAACCAUCUGCCUGCCAAUAUUCGUUUCCGAUCAACUUUAUUAUAUAACCUUAGACCAUCAACCGGAAUUGAGUCAUUGGCUGAGAUGAUGGAAAAGGAGUCCAAAGUGAGGUGGGGUAACCUUAUUGGUUAUGUUCUUCUUCCGAUUACCAUUGCCUUACCUGAUGAUUUACUAGAUUAUGUUCGCAAGGCCAAGGCCAUUGUUGAUAGAAAGAAGCUCUCCUUUGAAGCUCUAUGCUCCUUUUCUGUAGGCCGGGUUAUACUCGAGUUAUUUGGACUUAAGAGAACUUCUUAUGUGAUGCACAAAAUCAUAUCAAACACAACGAUGUCCUUCUCAAACGUUGUUGGUCCGCAAGAAGAGAUUAGCUUCUACGGCCAUCACUUGUCUUACAUUGCUCCUAGUGUGUAUGGACAACCACAAGCAUUGACAGUACAUUGGCAGAGCUAUGCGGACAAAGUAAUACUUGUAUUAGCAGUUGAUCCAGAUGUGAUACCUGAUUAUAACAAUCUUUGUACUGAUUUUGAGGCAUCACUUAAACUCAUCAAAGACGCUGUCAUUCAAAGUGGAGCAACCGUCCGUGUGCAAGCCAAAACCGGUCAUAAACAGGACUAGGCAUCAAGCAACAUAAACAAUAGGAACACACACACACACACACACAUGUUUCUGAAAGAUUCUGUACACAAAAUGAAUUUAGGUAAAAUGAUUAGUAUCGAGCGCAGUUGAAUAGGUCAAGUGGUGGAUUUAUCCUUUCUUGUUCCGGGACACCCGGGUUCAACUUUCGCUCACCCCGAGAAGUAUUAGAACAUAUACUCAUUUGUAAGGCAUAUAAGCCUAAUUUGUCAAAAAAAAAAAAAAAAGGUAAAAUGAUUCAUAUCCGAAACUAUAUUAUGCAUUUUGAGCAACAUUUUGUCAA